AGUGUGCCGCUAGUAUUACUUCGUCACAACCAUUGGAUUCUGGAUUAGAGAUCAUCCAGAUCAUUCAUGUACAAAAAAACAAAAUAACAACAGUCUCUCUGACUCUCUCUCUCUCUCUCUCUCUCUCUAUAGUCUUGCUCUGUCGUGUUCCACUGGGUCCCAACAGCCACACCUACUCGACCGUUGACGCGUCUCUCUCUCUCAAACGACCACAGAUUCCAAGUCUUCCUUCUUUUCUCUCUUUCUAGAGUGUAAGAAAAAUGAAGAAAUCAUAACCUCCGACGGUACGGAAAGCAAAGAGGAGGGAGGGCUUUUGGUUGGUGUGCGCGAUCGAGAAUGGCGGCCGAAAAUGGAGAUCACGUGGUGGAGCUGGUAGUACACGACACACCACCAUCACCAGCACCACCACCACCAUCGUCAGAGGUGGAGAUAAUCCCUCUCUUAAAUCCGGUCCAGAAGCCUAAGAUCAACAUCUUCACCAUCUCUUAUCCCCGAACUAAAACCCGGGAGCAGGUGACAAGAUUACCGGAAUCAGAGACAUCUCCAGUGACUCAAUUUAUUUUGUGGGUGUGGAGUGGGUCCAGGUACUCUGGUCUCUUGUGUACGGCCAUCUCAUCUAUCAUCUAUUUUGUCAUGGAAGUUCUUUCUGAUGUUUUCUCUGCCCAAUCAAUUCCUUUACUUGAGACAGCUUUUACUCGAUGCACAAUUGUAACAAUAUUGUCAUAUUUUUGGUUGAGAAAGAGUGGGCAUUCAAUAUUUGGACAGAUGCAUGUUAGAAAACUUUUGGUUUCAAGAGCCCUUAUGGGAUAUCUUUCAUUGAUGAGUUAUGUUUAUUGCAUUCAAAGGUUACCUUUGUCUCAGGCUAUUGUAUUAAGCUUCACAACACAAAUUAUGGCAUCAAUUGCAGCCAGAAUAAUUUUAAAUGAGAAGUUGAAAAUCGCUGACAUUGGAGGUCUUGCUUGCAGUUUCUUCGGUGUGCUCUUCAUUUUCCGGCAGAUACUUACUAAUCAAGGAAGCUUAGUCAAAGCUGGGGAAGCAAACAAUACAUACCUUAGUGGAAGCCAUCAUAUAUAUGUUGUCUUAGUUGGUUUAUUUUCAUCAAUAACUGGUGGAAUCAGCUAUUGCCUCAUAAGGGCUGGAGCAAAGGCAUCUGAUCAACCAGUGGUUACAGUUUUCUCAUUUGGCAUACUGGCUAGCCCUGCUGCUGGAAUAUGUACAUUUUCUUUUGAGGAUUUUGUGCUGCCCGAUCUUCAUUCAUUCUUACUAAUGCUUGUACUAGGUGUCCUGGCCUUUUUUGCAGAGGUAUUUUUAGCACGCGGACUUCAGCUUGAGAAAACCACCAAAGCUGCAAAUGUCCAGUACAUUUUGGCUGCCCUGUCACAAUUAUGGAGCAUCAGUUCAUCAAGAAUAGCUCCAUCCUUUGGGCGACUUGUUGGAUGUUUACUCAUUUUGAUUUCAGUGUGUUGCACAAUGUAUAUUGGACCUGAUAAAGAGAUGGAAUGAGAAAUGCCGUAUUCAUCUCAUUUGUUUUAAGGCAUGCACCCUAUUUGGUGCACCCAUUCUUUGCUGUAAUCAACUUAGCCAAUCAUACUAAACCAAAAAAAAAAAAAAAAAGUCAAUCAUAUCCUACUUUAUUAGUGUUUGUAGUUA